UGAGGUCACUGAGCACAUGGCCCUAUUUGCUUCCAAGAUAAUUUGCAUGAUGAAGAGAAGACUGUCAGUUUUUAAUUUAUCCCAAAGCCAUUUAGCAUCAGUGUGCACAGGACUGCGAUAAGCCAGAGGAAGAGAACAUUGUCUUGCAUCUGCCCCUGAAGCACGAAUCAGUCGCAUUAGAGGACCUGGCUUCAAUUUAAAAGGCGUUGGGUGCCCAUCACCCAGAGAGAGACAAACAUUGAUCAGGUCAUUUCAAGGUAGUAACCAUGGGAAUUCUAACUCAAAUAUCAAUUUUAGUCCUUCUCUUUGAGGCCAAUGUCUUAGGUCAAGAUUUUGAUUUAGACCCCGAUACCGAGCCCCCUUUAGUAAAACUGCCCACUUUUUCCUAUUCGGUUGAUUCAGGCUUAUAUUAUGGUCAGUAUGUUCAAUAUCCCUAUGAGUGUGCCAGCGAGUGCUUUUGUCCACCUUCCUAUCCUUUUGCAAUGCACUGUGACAAUAGGAAUCUGAAGAUCAUCCCCAAUGUCCCGCAUCACAUCCGUCACCUCUACCUUCAGUUCAACAGCAUCGAAGCUGUGAGUGAAAGUUCCUUCGUCAAUGCAACCUCUCUCACAGAAAUCAAUCUGAGCCACAACAAAAUAAAGUCCUCUGCUGUCGACCAAGGUGUGUUUGCAAAGAUGAAGAACCUUCUCAAACUUCACUUAGAGUACAACAAUUUGGAAAAUGUUCCAGCGCCUUUGCCCGGCACCCUUCAAAGACUCUCUCUUGGUUUCAAUCAGAUCUCUAAGCUGACAGCAGAUGCUAUGCAAAAUCUGCUCAACCUAACAAUGCUUGACCUCUGCAAUAACAAACUCACAGACUCUGCAUUUAAGGGGAAAAUCCUUUUGAGAAUGAAAAGCCUGAUGCAAAUUAACUUGUGCAACAAUAAACUGAAAUCUAUGCCUUCAGAUCUCCCAGCGUCCCUCAUGCAGUUGUCCCUGGAGAACAAUUUAAUAUCUUCAAUCCCAGUAGAAUAUUUUAAGAAAACGCCAAAUCUCAUGUCCCUCAGGGUAUCCUAUAACAAACUGCAAGAGGUUCCCUACAAAGUCUUCAACCUGUCUAGUCUGAUGGAACUAAACCUGGGCCACAACAAACUAACCAAAGCUUUCUUCAUUCCAAGAUCCCUGGAGCAUCUAUACCUCGACCACAAUGAAUUUGUUGAUUUGAAUGUUUCACUGAUGUGUCCUUCAGUUGAUUACGCCACGCCCAACCUGCUCACCUACAUUCGUAUUGACCAGAACAAGCUGAAAGACCAGUUAAAUAACUUUGUAUACACAUGCUUCCCCCGCAUCCAGAACAUCUACUAUGGGGAACAGAAAGUCGUGCAACAUUACAUAGCACCUCCGGUGAAUGAGCCUGUGCUCCCUCGUUUUUCUGAAAUUGUACCACUUGUGCCAGCAUCAGAUCCAGUACUAGUAGAAAAAGAAUACACUUACACUUACACAGAAAGUUGGUACAAUUAAUUUCUGUAUUAUACAAUAAGGGUGGUAUUCAAAGAGCUAUUUACCAGAACAGUUUCCCUGGAGUGCCAUGUAUCUUUUGAAUACUGUUGGUUAUUAUUAAAUAUCAGUAAAUAAAGCAAUGUAACAACAAUUCAUGAAAGGCUUAACAAUGAGAAUUAACCCAUUCAUGUAAAGGGGAGAGAAGAAUGUUACACAGAAUUAGCACUUCUUUCUAUUCAGCCUUAAAGCUUGACCCUACCUGAAAAAAACUCAAAUAAAAUGUAAUCUAACUGAAAUGUGUACUUUGAAUACCAUUCUGAGCACUUGAAGGGUAGAAAAAUGAUAUUAAAUAAGCUAAAAAUAAUGCAUGAUAUUAAUUGCUAAAUUGAUGUAAAUUACUGUAGCCUGUGCACGUUUUAGUUUGAACAACUGUUCUUAAAGAACAAAUAAGACUAAUCAAAAGUUUAAAGCCCAUUCAUUCAAACAGCCAAGGGUUGCUGGGGUAUCUGGGACUGAUCCUGCUCAUGGGGACAAAUAAACAAACCUGAAAAGAGUUUCUGGAAUUCUCAAGUUCCCUCUCAGACAGACAGAGUGAUGGGAUGUCUGUCUAAAAUGGAAUCCCCAACGUGUUGUUUCCUCAAGAGAGAACUGUACUGUAGUAAUAUUCCAGAUGCAGACCUACAGUGCGAGCAAAACAGGAGCAACAGACCUGCUCAGACAUGUGACCUUUGCAGCGUGAAGCACUAUCAAAGGGGCUCACGCAAAAGUACUAAAUUGGGGGGCUCCCGAGUGGCGCACCCAGUAAAGGCGCUCUGCGUGGAGUGCAGGAAGCGCCCUAUAGCCUGGAGAUCGCUGGUUCAUAUCCAGGCUAUGUCACUUGCUGACCGUGACCGGGAUUUCCCAGGGGGCAGCGCACAAUUGGCCAAGCGCCAUCCAGGGCUCAGGUCGGCAGGGUAAUCCUCGGUUCACCACGCACCAGUGAGUCCUGUGGCUGGCAGGGUGCCUGCGGGUCUGCUGUGGAGCCAUUCAGAUCUGUGUUGUCCUCCAGCACUAUAGGUCUGAUGGCUUUGCUGUGGACCUGCAGAGCGAAAAAAGACAGCUUGGCAGGGCACGUUUCGGAGGACGCGUGUGUCUGUCGCCGUUUGGGGGUUGCAGCAGUGGACCGGGAUCAAUACAUACAAUUGGCAAUUCCAAAUUUGGGGAAAAAAUUGGGUAUAAAUCCAUUGGUGACUACUAAAUUUAUAUUAAAAAAUAAUAAUAAUAAUUGCCAGUAAAUUGAGCAGCUACUGGCUCACUGGGAAAAGAUGGAGUAAUUGCCAAUUAACAUUUCAAACCAACAUCACUGUCCCUCAGCUUUCCCUCAAGGCACGCUUAACCAGGUGGUGGUGAAUUUUGUAACCAGUUUGUAAGCACUGGUAUAUGCAUCAACGAAUAUCUAGAAGGGGCAGGAUUCCAGGGGCUCCCGGCCAAAGCAUAAAUGGAGAAUUCAACAUGGAAAACAGUUUAGUCAGGCUAUUUCAGAAGGACAGAGGUUUAACAGAACUAUAUUAUAUAGGCCUAUGUUCUUAAAGGGAUACUUGCUGCAUAAUUACCUACAUUUUAAUAAUAAGUAAUCUCUUUAACAUAUACAACAAACUGCACUAAGAAAUGCAUUGCAACUGACCACUAAAGAUUAAUACACAGUACGGUAUUAUAACUGAAUAUUUCUAAAAUACAUUUACAUAUACAAAAUAAAGCUAGACUAUAAUCAGCUCUUCAAUAAUUUGUACUCCUGGGUAUUUACAAUGGGUAUAUAAAAUCAUAGCAAAAAUAUGCGAAAUGAAAUGUUGUGCUCCUAGAAUUGUGUUUCAUAGCUUACUUUUGAAUAGGCUUCUAGGCAGCCCUUAUGUAUCUAUCCUGAUCACUUCAAACUCUUUUCCCUGCAUUCAUUUUUGGCUUUUGAUAUUUAAUAUAUGUAACUCAAAAGGUAUGUAUGUAAAUGUAACUACUGUUGGUAAACAAAAGCAUUAUAAGCAA